AUGAAGGUUCAAUGGAAGAAUCACUCUGCAAGAGAAGCAAUGUGGGAACUUGAAGAUGAGAUGCGGCAGAAGAAUCCUCAACCUUUUGAGAAUCAAGAAGUAAUAUCUACACUGAAAGACAAAGCAAAACUUCGAAUAAUGAUGUUAACUGGUGAUCAUGAGUCAAGUGCAUCAAGAGUUGCGAAGUGCGUUGGUAUUAAUGAAGUAUAUUACAACCUGAAGCCUGAGGAUAAGCUAAACCAAGUGAAAACUGCAUCUAGGGACACAGGUGGAGGUCUGAUAAUGGUUGGUGAUGGCAUCAAUGAUGCACCUGCCCUUGCUGCAGCAACUGUGGGUAUGGUUCUGGCUCAACGGGCUAGUGCGACUGCUAUAGCUGUUGCAGAUGUGCUAUUAUUGCAAGACAACAUUUCUGGUGUUCCUUUUUGUAUUGCAAAAGCUCGUCAAACCACUUCAUUGGUCAAGCAAAGUGUGGUACUUGCUUUGUCAUGCAUUCUUUUAGCUUCUCUUCCUUCUGUAUUGGGUUUUCUUCCACUAUGGUUGACGGUUCUUUUGCAUGAAGGAGGAACCCUUUUAGUCUGUCUCAACUCGAUUCGUGCACUAAAAGACCCCUCAUGGUCGUGGAUUCAUGAUGUCCGUGACCUUCUUCAUGGAUUUAGGACAGCUUUGUCCGCAUUUCUUAACAGACAGACGCCGCAAGCGGCUCCUUUGUAAAGAUGUAAAUGUUCGAGGCUGUGCUCCCCGGUUUUUGGAUGCAAAAGCUCUGUAUGUUUUAUGUAGUAGGACAUCUUCGUUAACUUGUAUUGUUUAUUCCUGUGUAGUUCUUUUUUCGCCCCUUUCCUCUCCACCCAAAAAGAAACAACAGUAAGUGGUACUACACAUAGUAACAUGUCUUCUGAUCAUUUCAGGAAUAUGAAAGGGUUAAUAAAGCUAUUGGUUUUGGGACUAA